AUGCGAAGAUAUCACGACUCACCCAGUGUCCAACAGCUCCAGAGAAUCUCUCGCCCUGUCCAAGGCAACGGCCCCGUAGAGAGCGUUGACUUGAUCGAUGUCCAGUGCGGAGGGUACACUGCCGGUGGCAUCUCAGGCUCGACGCCCGCGGCCCUGCAUGCCACAGCUGCUGCUGGAUCGACCGUCACCUUGCGGUGGACUCUCUGGCCCGACUCUCACGUCGGUCCCGUCAUCACGUACAUGGCGCGAUGCCCCGAUACCGGUUGCCAGGCAUGGCAGCCCGGCACUUCUGCUGUGUGGUUCAAGGUCAAGGAGGGUGGACGCACCGGAACUACCAACACUUGGGCUGAUACGCCCCUCAUGGUUGCCAACUCCGGCUACCAGUACACGAUCCCGUCCUGCUUGAAGUCGGGCUACUACCUCGUCCGCCACGAGAUCAUUGCUCUGCACGCCGCCUACUCUUACCCCGGAGCCCAGUUCUACCCCGGAUGCCAUCAACUGCAGGUCACUGGUUCCGGCACCAAGACUGCGACUUCGCUGGUUGCCAUCCCCGGCGCGUACAAGUCGACCGACCCUGGUAUCACCUAUGAUGCCUACAAGGCGCAAACUUACACCAUUCCCGGCCCGACUGUGUUUUCCUGCUAA